AUGCCCUCUUUCCUGUUGCUGGAAGCCAUCUGUAUUUUCCUGUUUUCCAGAGUGUCCCCAUGCCUCCCUCUUCAGGAAGUCCACGUAAGUCCGGAGACCAUUGGGAAGAUUUCAGCCGCCAGCAAAAUGAUGUGGUGCUCGGCUGCAGUGGACAUCCUGUUUCUGUUAGAUGGCUCGCACAGCAUCGGCAAGGGGAGCUUUGAAAGGUCCAAGCACUUUGCCAUCACGGUCUGUGACGCUCUGGACAUCAACCCUGAGAGGGUCAGAGUGGGAGCAUUCCAGUUCAGUUCUGCUCCUCUUCUGGAAUUCCCCUUGGAUUCAUUUUCAACCCGACAGGAAGUAAAGGAAAAAAUCAAGAGGAUGGUGUUCAAAGGAGGGCGCACGGAGACAGGCCUUGCUCUGAAAUACCUUCUGCGCAAGGGGUUCCCUGGAGGCAGAAAUGCCUCUGUGCCCCAGAUCCUCAUCAUUGUCACUGAUGGGAAGUCCCAUGGGCACAUAGCGCUGCCGGCCAAGCAGUUGAAGGAGAGAGGCGUCACUGUGUUUGCUGUGGGGGUCCGGUUUCCAAGGUGGGAGGAGUUGCACAUGCUGGCCAGCGAGCCCAGGGAGCAGCAUGUGCUGUUGGCUGAGCAGGUGGAGGACGCCACCAACGGUCUCUUCAGUGCGCUCAGCAGCUCUGCCGUUUGCGUUGUGGCCUCGCCAGACUGCAGGGUCGAGACUCACCCCUGUGAGCGCAGGACACUGGAGAUGGUCAGGGAGCCUGCUGGCCAUGCCCUGUGCUGGAGAGGAUCACGGCAGACCGAUGCUGUGCUGGCUGCGCUCUGUCCCUUCUACAGCUGGAAGAGAGUGUUCCUAAGCCACCCCACCACCUGCUACAGGACCACCUGCCCAGGCCCUUGUGACUCCCGGCCCUGCCAGAAUGGAGGCACGUGUGUUCCAGAAGGACUGGACAGGUACCACUGCCUCUGCCCACUGGCCUUCAGAGGCGAGGCUCACUGUGCCCCGAAGCUGAGCCUGGCAUGCAGAAUCGAUGUCCUCUUCUUGCUGGACGCCUCUGCUGGCACUACCUUGGAGGGCUUCCUGCGGGCCAAGGCCUUCGUGAAGCGGUUUGCACAGGUCGUGCUAAGUGAGGACUCUCCGGUCCGAGUGGGCGUGGCCCGGUACAGUGGGGAGCUGGUGGUGGCAGUGCCUGUGGGGGAGUACCAGGAUGUGCCAGACCUGGUCAGGAGUCUCGACAGCAUCCCCUUCAGUGGCGGCCCCACCCUGACAGGCAGUGCCUUGCAGCAGGCGGCAGAACGCGGCUUCGGGAGUGCCACCAGGACAGGCCAGGACCGGCCACGCAGAGUGGUUGUCCUGCUCACUGAGUCUCACUCCCAGGACGAGCUGGCUGGCCCAGCGCGACAUGCCCGGGCCCGAGAGCUGCUCCUGCUGGGCGUAGGCAGCGAGGCUGUGCGGGCAGAGCUAGAAGAGAUUACGGGCAGCCCAGAGCACGUGAUGGUCUACGCAGACCCUCAGGACCUGUUCAACCAAAUCCCCGAGCUGCAGGGGAGGCUGUGCAGCCAGCGGCAGCCAGGCUGCCGGGCUCAGUCAUUGGACCUUGUCUUCAUGUUGGACGCCUCGGCCUCAGUGGGACCCGAGAACUUCGCUCAGAUGCAGAGCUUCAUGAGAAGCUGUGCCCUCCAAUUUGAUGUGAACCCCGACAUAACGCAGGUUGGCCUAGUGGUGUACGGCAGCCGGGUACAGACAGCCUUUGGGCUGGACACCCAUCCCACCCGUGCUGCGGUGCUGCAGGCCAUGAGCCAGGCCCCCUACCUGGGUGGGGUGGGCUCCGCUGGCACGGCCUUGCUGCACAUCCAUGACAAGGUGAUGACUGUCCAGAGGGGUGCCCGGCCUGGUGUCCCCAAGGCUGUAGUGGUGCUCACAGGUGGACAGGGGGCAGAGGAUGCAGCCGUCCCUGCCCAGAAGCUGAGAAACAAUGGCGUCUCUGUCUUGGUCAUGGGCGUGGGGCCUGUCCUGAGGGAGGCUCUGCGGAGGCUUGCAGGUCCCCGGGAUUCCCUGAUCCACGUGGCAGCUUACACCGACCUGCGGUACCACCAGGACACGCUCAUCGAGUGGAUAUGUGGAGAAGCCAAGCGGCCAGUCAGCCUCUGUAAGCCCAGCCCUUGCAUGAACGAGGGCACCUGCGUCCUGCAGAACGGGAGCUACCGCUGCGAGUGCCGGGAUGGCUGGGAGGGCCCCCACUGUGAGAACCGGGUCUUGAGAGGAGAUGCCCACAAAGCACGAGGCUCCCGCCAAGAGCCUGCAGGACAACAGCUGCACCCCUCCCAGCAACCCCGGACAAGGCCUGGGCACCCCGGGCGCUGA